CUGAAGUUGCUAUAAAUACAAAAACAACCCCCUUAAAUAUCGAAACCUACCCGUUAUCCUCCUCCAUUCAAUUUCAUUCACAACCAUCUUUUUCUCAUUACCUCUUAUUACCCUUUCAUUUUUACAAUUCACAAUUCAACAUCUUCCUUACGUUUUCAUCUAUUGAUCUCAUGGCUUUGGAACAAAAUUUUGUUGGUGAAGAUAUAUUCAGUUUUGUAUCUGAAGAAGAUGUUUCCCUUAAGAAGAAAAGUGCAGUUCCAGUUCCAACAUCAAGUUCUGACAGUAUAACAGGAGGUUAUGAUUGUAAUAUAUGUCUUGACUCAGCACAUGAGCCUGUAGUCACCCUCUGCGGUCACCUCUACUGCUGGCCUUGCAUUUACAAGUGGCUCCAGGUUGAGAGCUCUACUCCGGGAUCAGAAGAGAACUGUAAAUGUCCAGUCUGUAAGGCUCACAUCUCAAACUCAUCGCUGGUACCUCUCUAUGGCCGUGGAACAUCAUCAACAGAAUCUGAAUCCAAGAAGUCUCAACUGGAUGUUGUUGUACCGCGCAGGCCUCAAGCCAUUGGGAUAACAACUCUGGUUAAUUCAUCGUCUCCAACUUCUCACGUGAGUCAGCAACUUCAUCACAGGCGAUCUUUCCCCUCUGCCUUUGGUACCUAUGCUGCUUUGGCUCCAUCCAGCUUCGGGGGUACUCCAGCAAUCAGUUUAUCCAGCCCGACAGUUGGUGUAUUUGGAGAAAUGUUUUUGGCAAGGAUGUUCGGGAACUCAGACACGAGUUUAUUUCCCUAUCCUCAUCCAAGCACUUACGCCGUUCCAGGCAGUGGCAGUUCAAGAAUGAGGCAGGUGGAAAAGUCUCUUAACAGAUUAUCCAUCUUUUUUUUCUGCUGCAUCAUCCUAUGCCUUCUGCUAUUCUGAGUGCUAAAUAUUGAUUAAUUCUUGAUGUACAGAUGUAAAAAUUAUGUGACUGUUGUCACUAACAGUCAGUCAGUAGAUAGUAGAAAUACAUAGGCUUAUAAGAGAUUCAACCAAAAAAAAAAAGCUUAAUACCGCGCAAAGGUUGCUUUUUUCCUCUUAUUUUCUUUCUGCAUUCCCUUCCGAAAGUGGCAUCAGAUGUAUCUAUCUGCUCUGUCACUUUGGUAGUCUCUUUUUAAUUGUCCUUGAGUAGCAUUAUUACUCUGCUUAUAACAAUGGGUUUAUUUGGAGGGAACUCUUGUAAGGAGCCCAGUGAACCUUUGCUUUCCGUCCCAAAUGGUCUAUGAUAUUUGCAAUGUAAUAUAUGAAGAAUGGACAUGUUCCUUUUUCUAUUUU